AGGGUUGUGGUUUACGAGACUUUAUUUAUGGACCAUAUGAAUUGAACUACGCGUUAAACUGAUCCCAGGCACGUUCUUCCGCCACGUAGAUAACGGUUGUUGUUGUCAAUCGUAAUAAAAAAUAAAUGUUGUCAAAUUCAAAGAAUUUACAGAAGAUAACUUUGACAUCUUUCGUUUGAUUUCCAUCUUCUUCUUGUUAUACUUCUUUCAUACUUUCUUUCUUCAUCCUGAUAGCUACUACUCACCAUGUACAAAGCCAAAAUCUUGCAAAAAAUCAAAUCGGUGGCAGAAGCCCAUAAGAAUAAAGUCAAAGAUGAGUCCUUCUUAAGCAUCGAGUGCAAGGAUUGCAAAGCACGCGGACAUUUCAACAAGGCAUACCAUGAAUGCAAGUUUUACAAAGCAGUUUCUGCGGCUGAUGUUGGAAGUAGCGGUAAGAAACGUAAGCAAUCAGCUACAGUCAAGGAAGAAAAGAAGCAAGCAAAGAGAAAGAAAAAGCAAACAACUGGAGAUAUCAAGUGUAUCAGUUGUGGCUUAAAGGGUCAUUCUACUUCUCGUUCUCUCGAAUGUCCCAAUCACAUUGCUUCAAAGGAAGAAGUUAUUACCUCGACGCUUGGAGAAGGCUCCACUGUAUUCACGAGGAAGCUCCCUCUUACGUCUGCUGUGAAGCCUGCGUUUCGCGAACAAUUCCAAGAAAAAAUCAUCUCUUGCUGCUCUGACAUAAGGAGAAUAGUAUUCUCUAGUCAAUUAUUCGUUAACUCCAAGAAAGACAGUAAAGAAGCCAACAAAGACAGGUCUAUUCCUGAUGUAUUCUGCCAGCAAUUCUGGUAUUCAGUAGUAAAACACAAGCUGACCGUGGGAUAUAGCCAUUGCCUUACAGAGGCAGCAAAGGAAUUGAGUGUCUCUUACACGAACUCCAUUGUAGAGCGCUUCGAGCAGCGCUUAACAAAGUUCCUUACUUACAAAUUGAGAACUAUGCUCCCGGUAAGGCUGUAA